AUGGCGGUAGUCAACAAUCCGAAGGAGGUACUCGCCAUGUUGGACUGCAUCGACUCAAUGGUUGAUGUGCUGGCGUAUCUUCACGAAUCACGACGAAAGCGUCGCACAUACGUCCGUCCAGAGCAUGUACCCUUCCUGGAAACGCGAUUCCGCGACUUCGAUGAGUAUCUCUCCUCGCAAACGCCUGAGGCGUUUCUCGAGUACACAAGGCUGACGCCUGAAGAAUUUGAGGGCUUGUUUGAACAUAUCGGCGGUCGGCUUCAUCAUGCUUCUACUCAUGCUGCUCCCAUUGGUGCUCGACAACGAAUGUGUGUGUAUUUGAGAUUUGUUGGAAACGGAUUCAAUUUCACCACCUUAUCGGAGGAAUUCAGUUGCGGAAAAGCAACUGUCUCAUCGAUUGUGUCAGAAGUGACAGAAGCGAUAAUUGAAGGAGAGAACAACAGAGCAUUCCCCCCAAUAACGAGGUCGUACUUGACGGAUGUGGCCAAGAAAAUACAAGAGAAGUUUGAUUAUCCACGUGCUGUUGGGUUUCUUGAUGGAAGACAUAUCGCUAUAAAGGUAGUUCUUGCAUAG